AUGCUGCCCGAACAGUUGCUCCCACUGAAGAACGUGACUGUGGCCCCGGUGGACCCGCUCACGGACCUGACGACACUGCCAGAAGCGCACCUCGCCGUUCUUUCGCUCCGAGCGGAUCUCGACAUCCUCCUGCGCCAGCGCGCGUAUCACGCUUCCUUGGUCAAGGUGGUGGAGGAGAGUAAUGGCGAAGACUUGCGCGCCUUCCUCUCGACUCCGCUUCCUCGACCGCUCCCGGACUCCCUCGCCAGCUUAGCCCUGCACCAGCUUCUCUACAUGCAGUUCCAUCCCGACUGCGACUCCGACGACCUCGCGAACCUCGCCUACCGCAUCUUCCUCGCCAAACUCGACGCUGAGAUGGCAAGCCUCCGAUUCGACUUCGCCCUCCGCAAGUACACGAUGACCUGGGACGGAGGGGAGAGGGAAGAUGAGGGGGAGAUGGUGUUACGAUUGGAGAAGAGCGGGGUGAAGGUGUUGGAGGGUGAGGAGGAGCUGUUCGUGCUCGAGCCGGAGAGGGUGCUCAGCUUCUACGUCGAGGAGUGCAAAGAAUCAGAAGCGCCCGAAACCCCGACAAUCCUUGUCCUCCGCCUCUCGCAAGUCGACCUCGGAUCGUACAUCUCGAUCCACGACCUCGAGGUCCGCCUAUUCCUUGACACGGCAGAUUUGGAUGGGGAGGCAGGCGAGCGAUUGACGAAGACGUUGGUGAGCUGGGCGGCGGCGGAGAAGGCAGAAUUGCCGGUCGAGAACGAGGUCGACAUCGAGCCAAGGAUUGACCUGGAGGCAGUCCCGGCCGCACCUUCAACCGCUCCUUCACCCUCGUUGGAUCUCAGCGCGCAGGACAGCCCCGCAACGCCCGCGACGUCCCUCCCGCCGCCUUCGCCGGUCAUCAACGAAGGUUCCGCUAAGCGGCCGAGGAAGCGCGUCAAGCGGAGCGUCGAAGACGAAAAGCGCGACCCGGUUGAGCAACCUUGGCAGUACCUCGGCGAGAGGAGCGUACAUGUGACUUGGCAUCCUGGCCUGUACACCCGCCAAUUCGCCCUUCUCCGCGCCAUCGCUCCUCGCGUCGUCGAGGACCUCCCCGACCCUCCGUCCUUCACGACCGAAGAACUCGCUCUGCUCUCACUCGCUACUGACCCCAAGACUCUGCCGAAGUUGCCGUUCCCGCCGGAAUCGGUGCCGCAGCGGUACAGGCAUAAGUGGGAGGAGAGGCUGGCGCUUGAGCGGAUUUAUCAAGAGAGGGAGCGCAUCAACGUUGACCAGACCCGUCUCGUCCUCCUCACCUCCGACUUCCCUUCACUCCGCCUCUACGCUCAAGUCCUCUCGAAGGUCGUCAAAGCUCGCGACAUGCUCACGAAAGCCUACGACAAGGUUCUUCAGGCGAGACUGUACCCGCGCUUGAAGGACAAGACGACUUAUGACCCCAUUGAGCGGAUUGUGGUGUUGGUGGAAAGGCUGCGCGACGAUGUGCAUUACCGCAACACCCUCUUCUCCACCUCGAACGUCGCGCUCGUCACCGUCUCGCCUCUCUCUGACGCCGACAUCGGCACCGGUCCUGCCCGUCGCUACGAAGCGGAGCUCAAGCUCAUCGUCGAGUACGAGAAGGAGGCAUUGAAGAUUGCGAGGGAGAAGGUCGAGGGUCGCAGGGUGACAAUGUGGCGUAGGCAGUAG